CAGCUUGAGGAAGUUCGAUUCGCUGACUGAGCUGGGUUGUGAGAGAGUUGGACGAAGAGGAAUUACUCAGAAGGCACAAAACAUCACAGAUAAAACAGAAAAAAAAGUUCACGCUAACUAAUCAGGCGAAGCCGUAAAAGAGAAAUUUCCAUUAAAUCUAAGACCGAAAGCUGCAGACAUGAAUGAACAGCAGCUGGACUGUGCCCUUGAUCUGAUGAGGCGUCUGCCACCCCAGCAGAUUGAAAAGAACCUCAGUGAUCUCAUCGACCUAGUUCCCAGUCUUUGUGAAGACCUGCUGUCCUCUGUGGACCAGCCACUGAAGAUUGCCCGUGACAAAGCUGUGGGCAAGGACUACCUGCUGUGUGACUAUAACCGUGAUGGUGACUCCUAUAGGUCACCGUGGAGUAACAAGUAUGAGCCGCCCAUAGAUGAUGGUGCUAUGCCUUCUGCCCGCCUCCGCAAGCUGGAAGUGGAGGCUAAUAAUGCAUUUGACCAGUACAGAGAUCUGUACUUUGAAGGAGGGGUGUCGUCAGUGUACCUGUGGGACUUGGAUCAUGGCUUUGCGGGGGUCAUCCUCAUCAAGAAGGCGGGGGAUGGCUCUAAGAAGAUCAAGGGCUGCUGGGACUCCAUCCAUGUGGUCGAAGUGCAGGAGAAAUCCAGUGGACGUACAGCUCACUACAAACUGACCUCCACUGUCAUGCUCUGGCUACAAACCACCAAGACAGGAUCCGGCACCAUGAACCUUGGGGGCAGCCUGACUCGACAGGUGAUGUAACUGUAGGCAGCCACUUUAG